GAACUGUUAUCCAUGUAACCACACUCAGUGCACGCGACCACCACCACCAUCUUCCCAAAUGGCGGCUCUGUUAGAACCUCCUCCGCCAUUUUCAAAUCUUCAUCUCUCCUCCUCCUCUUCUUCAAUAUCUUUCCAUACCCAGAAACCCAAUUUUCUUAGACUUCAGAACAACCAGUCAAAACCCAUUUUACUUUAUCUACAUUCUCCUCCUCCUCUUCUUCUUAAACCCUUGUAUUGUUCCGCUUUGUCUUCUGGAGCUAUAGAUCCCCCACAACCUAAACCACCACCAAUUGAAGAUAUCCCUAAUCCCAAUCCCAGUGGAGGAGAAAGAAGAGACUCCAUUUCCAUUCCCAGCUCAUCUUCUGGUUCUACUACUGAGAGCCGUAAAAAAGAUCGAAGAAAGACUGUGAAACUUGCUUGGGAGAAAUUAGUUCGAUGGUCUCGUUCUUGGAGAAACAAAAACAAGACUGAUGUUCUUCAACGCACCAAAAAGGUUGUGGUACUUGGAGGUGGGUCAUUUGGUACAGCAAUGGCUGCUCAUGUUGCAAACAAUAAAGCUGAAAUGGAGGUCACAAUGCUUUUACGAGACCCUGUCGUUUGCUUAUCAAUUAAUGAGAGUCACUAUAACUGCAAGUAUUUUCCUGAGCACAAGCUACCGGAUAACGUCAUUGCAACAACCGAUGCAAAGACUGCUUUAGAUGAUGCUGAUUUUUGCUUACACGCUGUUCCUGUGCAGUUCAGUUCAUCUUUUCUUGAGGACAUAUCGGAGCAUGUUAACUCGAGCCUACCAAUCAUAUCCCUCAGUAAGGGUUUAGAGUUGAAUACUCUGAGGAUGAUGUCUCAGAUUAUUCCUCAAGCAUUGGGGAACCCUCGCCAGCCGUUUGUUGCACUAUCAGGGCCGUCUUUUGCGUUAGAGUUGAUGAAGAAAUUGCCAACAGCAAUGGUGGUGGCAUCAAAAGAUCGGAAACUGGCAAGUUCUGUUCAGCAACUACUAUCUUCUCAGCAUCUAAGGAUCAGCACAUCAAGUGAUGUUACAGGAGUGGAAAUUGCAGGUGCACUAAAGAAUGUUCUUGCAAUAGCCGCUGGAAUCGUAGAAGGGAUGGAUCUUGGGAACAAUUCUAUGGCAGCUCUUGUAGCACAAGGUUGUUCAGAGAUACGCUGGUUAGCAACUAAGAUGGGUGGAAAGGCAGCAACAAUCACUGGAUUAUCAGGAAGCGGCGACAUUAUGCUUACAUGUUUUGUUAAUCUCUCCAGAAACAGAACACUAGGAGUACGUCUUGGGAAGGGGGAGACUCUUGAUGAUAUAUUGAGUUCCAUGAAUCAGGUAGCUGAAGGCGUAUCAACAGCUGGAGCUGUGAUUGCAUUGGCCCAGAAAUAUAAUGUAAAGAUGCCAGUAUUGACAGCGGUUGCUCGCAUAAUCGACAAUGAACUAACACCACAAAAAGCCGUUCUCGAGUUAAUGGGCCUCCCUCAGGUUGAAGAAGUUUGAAAUUUCCUACAAAGAAUGAAAAACGAAUUCAAACGUGACAAUGGAACCCUAAGAAGAAUAUAUCAAUUUUCAGUUCCUGUAGUUAUGAUCUGUACAAAGUCACAAACACAUGAGAAGUAUGAACUGGUGCCUGGAGAAGCUCUAGUUUGAGACAGAGUAGUAGCAAACUACACGGAGACGCCAUUGUCUAGACGCCAGAGAUAUCUGAUCAAGACUCCAGCCUCCAGAGGGCAAUUAACCAUUCCAUGUUUGGUACAUAUACAAUUGAAAGAAGUAGUUCUGACUUUGCCGUUUCUCUGCUUCGCCAUUCUGCAUAUUUAUCUUCACUGUAAUAGUGCAAGGCAGCCGAGUCGAUUCUGUCUUUUCUCUGGUCAUUUCUCAAAAAUUUCAAGAUUUAUUUCAUUUUGACCAUACUUGUACAAGCUAAAACGAAGAGUCCAAUAAGGCUAUAAACUGUUCCGGGCCGUCCGACCCAUUAUUACCA